GGGGGGAUAAGUUAAUCUGGGAAGUAUCCACAGCAAUUUCAGAGAUAAUACAGUCACUGAAGUCAUUUAAAGUACUCAAUUCAACUAUAAUUUUAUCGUGUGUAAAACAACAUUGAAACUAAACAUUUGCAUCUUGAGAGUAGCAAAUGUACAUAAAUUAGGUGGACUGAUAAAAAAAAAUACAAUAGAUAAACAAUUUUUUUUCUCAGCCCAAGGGGCAUUGUAACAUCCACAAGAUAAAUUUUAGCUACAGUGCAAUGAGCCUGUAACAGCUAUAAACAUUAUCUAUUCGACAUAUAAAAAAAAUAAUAAAAAUGAUGAUAAAUAUUAAUUAUUUAUGUAAUACUCUGUGAUGUAAUUGGACAUAUCGAUGUGUAUUAUACAAAGACAAUGAUAAUUGUAAAUUCCUUUUACGAUCUGCGUUUGUCUUCUUCUUUUUUUACCUUUUGUUGGUUGGCUAUUGUAGGUUGCGGUCGCAUAUUGAACUGAGUGCUGCUGGUGUAUAACAUGAAAAAAGAUAUAAUUUUAAAAAUGCAGAGAGAUGGUGAACAGAGUACUAAUGUUGUAAUGGAUUUUAAAAAGUGGGUAAUGCUGUGGGUCAGGGAUUUUUGCAAUUGUACUGCACAGCAUGGUUAUAAAUACCUCGUUCUGCAACAUCAACACUGGUUGGAAAAGCAAAUUUAUGUGGCUAACUGUCAUUGGCCUCUCCAUUAUAACAGCUGCAUAUAUGGUCAAUGUAGCAUGGUAUUUAAGUGAACGGCAUCCUACUUUAACAACACUAGAAACUGAUCACUAUCCAAUAUGGAAUAUACCUUUCCCUGCAAUUACCAUAUGCAACACCAAUCAAGUGCUUCGUUCCAGGGCUCUGGAACUGUCAAAAAAAAUGGUAUUACCAAAAAAUGUGACACAUCAACAGAUUUUCAAAAACUUGCAAAUAGUAACACAACUGUUAAACCCAAAUAUUUAUGAGCAGAGAGAUGAUUUGACUAACUUGCAGGAGACAAUUGAUGCAAAUAAUAUUUCAGUCAGAAUGUUAACCAAAUAUCUAGCUCCACAGUGCGAGCAACUCAUUGCUAACUGCACAUGGAAGGGACGCUUUGUACAUAAUUGCUAUAAGAUGUUCCAAGAUAUAACAACUACUGAAGGGCGUUGCUGUGCAUUCAACUACAAUGGAUAUCUGGAAGAAGUUAUGAACCAACAACAAAGUGUACCUGUAACUGGAAACAUAGAUAAAGUCCAAAGGACAAGUACUUGUGGCUUUCAAAUGGGACUAUCUCUUCUUCUGGACAACCAGCCACAUGAAUACCAUUCAACAGUUCUUGCUUCAAAAGGAGUAAAGAUUUUCAUCCACAAUCCUGCUGCAUAUCCCAGUGGAGCAGCUGCUGAAGUUGUAAUAUCAGUUGGAAUGCAAGUAUUUGCUGGUAUUUCAGCAAUUCAGACAUAUGCUACUGAUUCCGUGAGAGACAUGCCAAGCAAAGUUCGCAGCUGUCAAUUUGAAGAUGAAGGAUUUUCAAAGGUGAUGAAAAUGUACACCUACCACAAUUGUUACACAGAAUGCCAAAAGAAUAAGUCAGUUGCAUUGUGUGGAUGCCAUUCAUAUCAUUAUCCAACUACAGGUACUAGAAGAACAUGCAAUUUCUUGGAUAUUCCAUGCUUGUCAAAAAACAGAAAGGUACUUCAGGCCAUUCACAGAGGAAAAUAUGACAAAACAAUAAAAUAUGACAUUGAAUAUAAUGAUAAACCAUGUAAAUGUUUGCCAGAUUGCUCAAGUCUCAUUUAUACUGUUGAGACCACAACCAAUGCUAUUUCAACAAACAGUUUGCUUUCUUCAAAUUUACUCCUUGGAAAUUUGAGUCCUGAAAGGCACAGUAUCAUCCACAUAUUCUUCAUAGAUCUUACAAUUAAUGAAUAUCGAACAGAUAUCUUCCUUGAAUGGCAGGCUUUUGUGGCUACUGUGGGUGGAAUACUUGGCCUUAUGCUGGGAUUUAGCCUGAUUAAUGGUUUUGAGAUCGUUUACUUUUUCACACUGCGAAUUUUCUUUCAUUUAACUUCACAACGCAAAUCUAACAAGAAGCCAACAGAAGCAGCUGAAAAGUGCCUUACAUAUAAACAUCAUAAACAGAACCAGUGUAGCAUGUAGAUUACAUCACUUUCUUGAGUGCUGCCAACUACUGAACAAAUUUUUAGAAAUAUCUUAGUUUUAAGUACAAGAAUGUGAGUUAAUAUUGAUAAAGUAUGUAAAAAUAAACAAUUUUAGAGUUUAA